UAGAGAUUGUCAGCUUAAUAACGGAAGGCGCGUGCUGGACGUUUGUCUGCGAUGGGCAGAACCCAGACAAAGUGAAGGCAACUCAGGAUGCCUUAUGCACAGGAAGAUCCGCGUAUGCUCAGGCCAAUUGAGAAAGAGGGAGGGCUCGAGGUGUCUUUGCCCAGGCGGGUUAGAGCAGGAGAGUACCUCUCUUCAUGGUGGGGCAUGUUGAUAGGCACGGACACCUUUGUCUGGAUUGAGUCUGGGUUUGAUGAUGAGCGGGAAUGCGCAAUUGUAAGGGUGACCCUGUACGCCUCAGCCGCCUUUUGGAUCGAGCAUGGGAUAGAGUUGGCGCUCGGGCAUGGGAGCGUGCUUGCUAAGCCUUUGAGGGUAGCCGAGGCAACCGCGGCAAAGUGGGCGAGGGAAGUGUCUCGUGAUGGGGAAGAGCGAGUACUAACCCGCGUAAGGGUCGAGCGCGCUGGAGAGUUCGGGCUUCCAUCUGCUCCGCUGCGAGUAAUCCUGCCCGAGUUUCUGAUAGAGAAGAGUUUUGGUGGGCAGGCGAAGGUAGAGGCGGCAACUGAAACUGCUCUGAGGGCGCGAGAUUGGGAGUAUGGGCGAUACACAUAGCUAAAUGGGCUACAAAAACAAGUAGGGGUAUUGGAAGGGAGGCUAGCACAGCUGGAAGAGGCCAGGAAUGGCAAAAGGAAGGCCUCUGAGGGAGCAUCGAGUGGGCUGACUGCAAGAGGCGAGGCAGAGGCAAGGAUGGAUCGUCAGGAGCCACUCCCCCACAAGAAGACCCCGCAAGGACGGGCUUGCGUCCCGGAAGGAGAUGAAGGUGAGGGGGUCAUUGAGCUCAAGGAGGAGCGGGGAGACAGUGCGGUCCUGCUUGUCAUUGCGCCUGAUCCGGAGAGGGGGCUUAUCAACGUGGAAGCAUCCUCGACUGCAGGGCGGAGGGAGCAAAGGUGUGAGUGGUGGCCAGAGCACUGGGCAAAAGCGGUAUGUGAUCGUUGGGGAGAGAUUGGUCGCACCCCUCAAGGAGGCAAGGAAGAGGGGGUGAUGGAUGAAAAAGGGGAGCUUGAACCUUCCAAGUUGACGAAGGCUCAGCGGAAGGCGAGGAAUCGGGCCCAGGAGGGUCAAGAUGCAGGAGAGGGGCAGUGCUCACGACAGAUGGGGGCCACCCCGCAAGAGGUGGAAGGCAGAGCAGCGCAAGAGAGGCCCCCGCCGGUUGAGCGUUCGCUAUACGGACAGUGGGAGCCAUGCGGUUGAGUAGGGCCAAGGCCCAUAUAUGGUCCAUAUCUGCCCUGUGUACAAGGCAGUUGGUUGGGCCCACAAAUGGAGGUGAUGCCACCUAGA